GGAAAAAAAACCUACGAAAGCAAACUUUCCUUUGGAAUGGCAGCAAAUCCCAUGAACCGAACAGGGCCUAAUUCGUCGCGGUGACCGCGCUUUAGCCCACCGCGGCUGCCUUUUCCACCGGGCAUUGUCCACCAAAAGCAAAAGGUGGCAUUGCACGCACGCACGGGAAUAAUCCCAGUGCGUUUGCGUGCGUGCGUGCGCCCAUAAAAAUCCAUGCACGCGCGCUCAUUGACGAAACGGUGUGGUCGACCAGCUAGCCGCUGCUUUCCUUGACGCGAGCGCUCACACACACCCAUGAGCUAGAGACUAGAGAGUAGCCGUGGCUCCAACAAUGGCCGCUCUCGACCUGCGGCGGUGGCUGAUGGUCCUCCUCGUAGGUCUCCUCGCCGCGUUCCAAGUGGCCGACGGGGCGCCGUGGUUCUGGCCGCCGGGCGGCGACGACCCCGACGGCUGCCUGAGCUGGCGGGUGAUGGUGGAGGCGAACAACGCCAAGUUCUGGCGCGCGGUGCCGGCGCCCUGCAUCGGGUACGUCUGGGCCUACAUGUCCUGGGGGCAGUACGGCCGGGACGUGAGCAGCGCGGCGGACCAGAUCGCCGCCUACGCCAGCCAGGCCCCCGCCGCCGGCGACGGCCUCGACGCCUGGGUCCUCGACAUCGACGACACCUGCCUCUCCAACCUGCCCUACUAUCAGGCCAAGCAGUUCGGGGCGUACGACCCGGCGGCGUUCAAGGCGUGGGCGAGCAGAGGGGCGUGCCCGGGGAUACCGGCGAUGGUGAGGCUGUUCUGGGCGCUCAAAGGCGGAGGCUUCAGGGUUUUUCUUCUCUCCGGGAGAGACGAGGAGGCUCUCGGCGCGUCCACCGCCGCCAACCUCGCCGCUGCCGGGUUCGCCGGGUACGACCGGCUCAUCUUGAGGAGCGCCGGGUACCGCGGGCAGAGCUCGGUGGUGUUCAAGUCGGCGGAGCGGCGGCGGCUGGCGGCGGAGGGGUACCGGAUCCGCGGCAACGUCGGCGACCAGUGGAGCGACCUGCAGGGCGACUGCGCCGGCGACCGCGUCUUCAAAGUGCCCAACCCAAUGUACUUCGUCCCCUGACCGACCGAACAAUGUGUAGCAAGAUGUAAAUAACGUGACGGGGACCGGUGCCGCACCGCUAUAUAUAUUUGUACAAAAUGUUCAAGAAUUUUAAAAAAUAUUCAU